UUCUUUGGAAUUAAUCUUGGCGAUGUAUUUAUUCAACAGCGAAUAGUCCACCAGACCAUAACUGAAUUACGCCUCAACAAUUAGAUCUGCUUACAUUGCACUUUUGAGCAACUGAGCCAGAAUAAAGUUUUAUUAUUGUGCUAAGAUCAGUGAAUUUCCUGCAUUUCCUGCUGCGCAGUUCUGAGUGAAACCACAAAAUGCGCACAGCUUUCGUACUGCCCCUUCUGGCCCUGCUGGCGGUGGCCCAGGCCGUCUCCUUCGCCGAUGUCGUCAAGGAGGAAUGGCACACGUUCAAGCUCGAACACCGCAAGAACUACCAGGACGAGACCGAGGAGCGCUUCCGGCUGAAGAUCUUCAACGAGAACAAGCACAAGAUCGCCAAGCACAACCAGCUAUGGGCCUCUGGAAAGGUCAGCUACAAGCUGGCUGUCAACAAGUACGCCGACAUGCUGCACCACGAAUUCCGCCAGACGAUGAACGGAUUCAACUACACGCUGCACAAGCAGCUGCGUGCUGCCGAUGAGUCCUUCAAGGGUGUGACCUUCAUCUCCCCGGAGCAUGUGACCCUGCCCAAGACUGUUGACUGGCGCGACAAGGGCGCUGUGACCGGCGUCAAGGACCAGGGACACUGCGGCAGCUGCUGGGCCUUCUCCAGCACUGGCGCCGUCGAGGGACAGCACUACCGCAAGUCCGGCACGUUGGUCUCCCUGUCCGAGCAGAACCUGGUCGAUUGCUCCACCAAGUACGGCAACAACGGUUGCAACGGCGGUCUCAUGGACAACGCCUUCCGGUACAUCAAGGACAACGGCGGCAUUGACACCGAGAAGUCCUAUCCCUAUGAGGCCAUUGACGAUUCCUGCCACUUCAGCAAGGACUCCAUCGGAGCCACCGACCGCGGAUUCGUCGAUAUUCCCCAGGGCAACGAGAAGAAGCUGGCCGAGGCUGUGGCCACCAUUGGACCCGUUUCCGUUGCCAUCGACGCCUCCCACGAGUCCUUCCAGUUCUACUCGGAGGGUGUCUACGUUGAGCCUGCCUGCGAUGCCGAGAACCUCGAUCACGGUGUGCUGGUUGUUGGCUUUGGCACCGACGAGUCCGGCCAGGACUACUGGCUGGUGAAGAACUCCUGGGGCACCACCUGGGGCGACAAGGGCUUCAUCAAGAUGCUGCGCAACAAGGACAACCAGUGCGGCAUCGCCAGCGCCUCCAGCUACCCCCUGGUCUAGUCCAGAACUGAUUUCCGAUGUAUUUUAGCCACAUAGCCCUCAAAAGAUACAAACAAGCAUCUCAAAUGGAACUUUAAUAAUUUAGCCAAACAUUUAUUUUACUUUUGGAUUCCGAUACUUUCAUUUAUAUCUCUGCCAUCACAUACAACAUUAAGAGAACUACUGUGUUGAUGUUUGUAGAAAAAUAAAUAAAAAUAUAAAAAGAUUUUUAA